UGCUAAAUAAGCGGGUGGCAUUUAAGAAGUAGACAGUAUUUCAGGAAUUUGUUAUACGCAGACAGCAGCCAGUUUCGCUUUCUUAAUCAAAAAGGCAAAAACAUGAUAAUGAUUUAAUGAUCGUUUCCCGCAAACAUCCUACACUCCCGCAAACAGAUCGCAUGUCGGCUCUUAUAACUUUGUUGCAAAUCGUUCCAGUUUACUUUGUUAUGCUAAAUAAAACUAAAUUUGCCAACCGUCAUUUGAAGUAGCCUACAACAUAAUCCAAAACCUGUGGAACCUAUGGAAAUUGCCAUCCUAGAAGUUAUACUACAGAAGCAUCAUCAUGCAGUAACGUUAGCUCUCGCAAAAUCCGAAUCAGCACUCAGGAGCAAGAGCAUGAUGCGGGCGGCAGCCGAGGAGAGAGCGAAAAUGCGGAUGUCUCUGGGAAGAGAAAUGGUCGGAUCGAGAAGGUUACGCGCUGAGUGGAGGGAGAGAGCGAGUGAGAUGGAGGCGGGGGGAAGUUCCCAUCUCUGCGGGGACUGGAACACCAGCGCCCUGGACCGACAGCGCAGUGCUGGCUAACAUUCAACCCUCCCCUUGUUCCACAACCAGUUCCACACACGCAGCGACAGAUAAAAGAGAGUUGAGAAUGAAUGGAGACAUGGACUCUUCCACUAAAUGUCCCCCAGGUGGACUUUUCAUGUGGGCUCAGGAUGAUUUGUUGAAACUUCUGGAUGCCAUGAAAGUGAACCUGCCACCGUUGGACGUCACCAAAUAUAAGACAUCAGAGUCUCACUUAGACUGGGAGAAGGUGGCUUUUAACUCCUACUCUGGAGAAAUGUGCAAGCAGAAAUGGCAGGAAGUCUCAAAAGUGAUACGCAAAUUCCGCACAUUAUCGGAGAUAAUAAUAGAUGCGACGGAUUACAUCAGGAAUCCCUACAAGGGCAAGAAACUGAAGAAACACCCAGACUUCCCUAAGAAGCCCUUGACGCCGUACUUCCGUUUUUUUAUGGAAAAGAGGGCGAAGUAUGCAAAACUACACCCCGAAAUGAGUAAUCUUGACCUAACAAAGAUCCUCUCCAAGAAAUACAAAGAAUUGCCAGAGCGCAAAAAGCAAAAGUAUGUUCAGGACUUUCUGAAGGACAAGCAAACGUUUGAGCAAAGUAUGCUUAAGUUCAGAGAGCAACACCCAGACCUGUUGGAGAACAUGACAAAGAAAGGAUCCAAUGUACCCGAGAAGCCCAGGACUCCACAACAGCUGUGGUACAACCAUGAAAAAAAGGCCGUCCUCAAAACAUCCCCGAGUGCAACAACCAAAGAAAUCAAGGAGGGUUUGGGAAAGCAGUGGACACAGCUCUCAGACAAGAAAAGGCUUAAGUGGAUCGCCAAGUCUCUCGAGCAGCAUAAAAUAUAUGGAGAUGUAAUGCGAGAGUUCAUCCAGGGGCAUCCAGAGCUGAACAUGACGGAGGAGGACAUUGUGAAGUCCACCCUGACCAAGGCCGAGAGACAGCUAAAAGACAAAUUUGACGGCCGGCCCGAUAAACCUCCACCGAACGGUUACUCCAUGUUUUGUGCCGAACUGAUGUCCAGCAUGAAGGACGUGCCCAGCACGGAGCGCAUGGUCAUGUGCAGCCAGCAGUGGAAGCUGCUCAAACAAGGCGAGAAGGACGCUUACCAGAAGCGCUGUGAACAGAGAAAGAAAGAGUAUGAGGUGGAGAUGAACCGCUUCCUUCUUAGUAUAUCGGAAGAGGAGCAACAGAGAGUUCUGGGAGAGGAUAAAAUGGCAGGCUUUAAAAAGAGCAGUGGGAUCAGCAGUCCGACCACUAAAAAGAAACCCACCAAAGGCAAGAGUGGAGCUGACAAGCCCAAACGGCCCAUCUCCGCCAUGUUCAUCUUCUCUGAGGAGAAACGACCAAAGCUCAAGCAUGACCGGCCUGACUUCUCCGAGAGCGAACUCACCAGGAAUCUCGCCCGCAUGUGGAACGACCUCCCAGAGAAGAAAAAGGAGAAGUACAAGAACCUGGAGGCGACCCUGAAGGCACAGUCGGAGGAGAAAGGACAGGAAGAAAAGGGCAAGCUUCCGGAAAGCCCCAAGAAUGCUCAGGAGAUAUGGCAGCAGAGUGUCAUCGGUGACUACCUGGCCAAAUUUAAGAAUGACCGACCCAAGGCCCAGAAAGCCAUGGAGAGCACCUGGAACACCAUGGAGAAGAAAGAGAAGAUUUUGUGGAUCAAGAAGGCUGCAGAGGACCAGAAGAGAUAUGAGAGAGAGUUGAGUGAGAUGCGCUCCCCACCCCCUAUGGUGAUCGCUGGCAAGAAGAUGAAGUUUGAGGGCGAGCCCAAAAAGCCCCCAUCGAACGGUUAUCAGAAGUUCUCUCAGGAGAUGCUGUCCAACGGCGAGCUCAACCACCUGCCCAUGAAGGAGCGCAUGGCUGAGAUCGGGGGCCGCUGGCAGCGGCAGACGCAGAAGGAGAAGGACCGCUACAAGAAAAUUGCAGAGGAGAAGCAGAGACAGUACAAAGUGCUACUGGAACAGUGGCUGGCGAGUUUGUCCACACAGGAGAGAGCGACCUACAAAGAGUAUAAUUCACAAAAAAGGAAGAGCACGGCAAAGCCCGGUGGCACGAAUGCUAAGGUGAAACCUAAGGCAAGGAAGAAGCCGGAAUCGGAAGAGGAGGAGGAAGAGGAUGACGAUGAUGACGAAGAGGAGGAGAAGGAGUCCGAAGAAGACUCGUCCAGUGCAGAGGACAGUGAUGAUGAAGAGGAGGAUGACGAUGAGGAGGAUAACAAAGACAAUGAUGAUGAAGAGGCGGACGAUAAAGAGAACAAAUCAGAGAGCAGCAGUGCCAGCUCUCAGGACUCAUCAGGUUCCGGGUCAGACUCCGACUGAGCCAGGUCGGCUCGCUUCUGACCCUAGAGACUUGAGAGCAGCACCCAAGCUGAGCCAUGAGUUGCACAGACAGGCUUUCUGUGCCUGUCUUGCACUCCUCUAACCACCAGGGGGAUCUCUCCCUCUGCACCACGUCCACACAUCAGUCAGCCUUCCUUGUCGUUCAUCUGUUGCGUUUUGUUUUUCGGUCGAUGCUCUGUCCACUGCGGCGAAAUCAUUGGGUAAACUUUUUUGAACCGAUGACGCAGACCAGCUUCCACCUCAGCUUCUCCAACACAAUGCCCACUCCCAUUGGCUUGUCAGGUGGCUUGGCACUGCUAAAUGGGUCCUUCUGGUUUUUCUAUCUGGCUUCAGUGGCUUUUGAUUGCGGUUGUAUUUGGGACGCAGUUAUCCACACCCCAAUCUGACGUUCAGUACAUGUGUCUCAACCUGAGCCAAAGAAUCUGUCUGUCCACAUGGUUAUGUCAAGAAGUGCAGGGGACCAAAUAAUUGCACUCAAAAAGAAUGUGCUCUGUUUGUUCAUCUCCACCACCACCUUCUUGUUUUUCUUUGUAGCUGCUCCGUUACCUCUGGUCCCUUUCUUGUUUCCAGUGAUUUGAUUGUUUGUAUUAUAAAAAUGAUUUGGUUCUUGAUGAUGUGGUAUCUUCAGGAAAAUUUAAGCCAUUUUGAAUGUUCCCCAAGUGAAAGGACACAGUUACCUGACCGCUUGUGCCGCUCAUUUAAAAGGCACCUAACCUUGGUUUAUGGUUUGUACGGACCAUGACUUUCCUGUGUAGGGACACCCUCAUGUUUAUGAGGAAAUCUGGUUAUUUUUCUGUAGAGAGCAAAGUUUUUUUUGGCCGCGACAGGCUGGAUAGCUGUUCCACUGGCCUCACAAAUGGUAGAAAAGGAUUAAGGAAUGUUCAGUUUUGGUAUUAAUGUAACUACGAUCUCCGUGAUCGAUGACUUCUAUGAGGAUUUUGUUUUCUAGACUUGGAGUAUAUAUAUAUAUUGUUAAAUUUUUUUGGCAAGCUGAUGCACAUGGUUCCAGCUACCAUUUGUUCUCUUCCAUCCAACCACUGUUUUUGUUUUUAUCUCAUACUGCUUACUUGGAUAUAUUCUUUUAAAUUUUCAAGCUGAGCUGUUCGUUUUUAAAAAGUGACUGACAUACAUUGGAAGCCCCCCCCCCCCCCCUCAUCUAAAUACUGUGCACUUAAUAUUGAAUCUAAAAGAUUCGCCUUGCCCACUCACCGCAUUUAGGUAUAACAUACUCACCAAACUGUCCAUGUCUGGUCAAGGAAACAAGUUUUGUACGAUUCAUGAAUGUAGAUGGACAAAAAAAUAGAAAGUAAAAAAAACCUCAUUCACACAGUCGAAAGAUAGUUUGAUAGUUUUGAGUGUUUGAAUUGGGAUAGCCUCUCAGAUUAUAGCCAGGUGUUUUCACAAGAUGAUGAUCCCCUAUUCCCAGCCAUCAUGCUUUUCCCACAACCCAGAAAAAAGAGCACAUAGCUGUCCAGAGGGGAAUGAGGGUCAUUUCUAUUUUCAGGGUGAUGGAACAAGGUCACCAGGCUUACUUGAUCUUACAGAGGGUGUUUGGUUUAAAUGUUGUUGUAAGGUAUUUGUAAAUAUUGCUUUUUUGUAUUUUGAGUAAAUAUAGUUUAAUUUGUCCUUUUAUUUAGCAACGCCUGCCCACAGGCACUGGCUGUGGCCAAUGAGUUUGCGUGUGUUUGUUGCGUUAAGGGGGGUGUGGGGGGGGAAACACUUUUAAUUUUACGUUUUUAGUUUUUAAAGGUCUCCCCAUGUUUGUUUAUUUGUAGAAAUUGAUUAAAAAUAGAACAAAAAAUGGCUUUACAGAUUUGUACUGCUGAUUUGAAACAUUUGGAUGUUUUGUAUAGCAAGAGGUGUUAUGUCCCCGCAAUUUACCAUUUGGGAAAAUAAAUUUUCUCUUUGACAGUGAA